CUGGAUGGUCCCCUCAAUAAUGACGGAGACUACGCGGGGGCGCAACGGCCGUUUUCUGGAUCGACAGCUUUUUCAAUGGACGAAGAAGAAAAUACCCGGAGAGGUGGCGCCGUUGGCCAUCCUCUCGCGCAGCCUGUCUCAAUACCUGCUACCAACGGUUUGCGAUACAACACACAGCAGACUGCACUGCAGGAUGUACCGUAA